GAAUACUUAUAUUAUUAAGAAUCAAAAGGUAGUGUAUUUAUACAAUUGGGUCGUAAAAAAUGGUAAGCUAAGUUGAUAGUUCUUUAACAAAUUUGAAUCAAAUUGAAAUAAACUUCCAUGGGGUAUGUAUUUAAUUUAUGAUAUUUAUGUAGGUCUAAAAUUAAGUGUAUACCAGAUAGAAUGGGAGACAGUCGUUUAUUUAUAAAAUUAUUUAAAUUAUUAUAGGCAUGGAGACUUGUCUAAACCCAGCGGGGGCCCUCGUGGGAGACACUACGUACAGCUAAAAUGAAAGGAGCUGUCGGAUAUGCUCAAUAGUGAUGGCACAGGCGACUCUAGAACAGAGGAAAAGUGGCGAAAGGUUGAUGUUGAGGAGGAAGAGAGCUUGUCAGGUACUCAUCUACAAGAAACAAACACAAAAACAAUAAAAAAAGUUAUUGUUGAUGACAUACCUAUAAAACUAACACCCGUUGCUGACGAUACUUGGAAUACUCCGGGAACAAGUAGCCAACGCUCAAUCGCUCCACCUUCACCUCCCGCGCAUCCACUACCACCUUCAAUAGCUUCAAUGGACACACAUUGGAAGCUGCCGAAGAAAAAGAAGAAAGCCGACGAUGAAAUUUUAAAAGUAUUUAAGGAGUGUGAGGGAUCUGCAAGGCAGUAUGAAAGAGAGCAUGAUCGAGUUGCGGAAGAAUUAGAAAGAGAGAGGAUUAGACAACGUGAUGUAGAGCUGCAGUUGCAAGCUAAAUGGCUGGAUUUUUUUAAAGAAGCUUUGAAGGUAUUGGAUGCAUAUUUGGCGAAUAAAAGUGAAUAAAAUCGGACAUUAUUUGUUUCGCCAAAUAUGCAACUAAUAG